CUAGUAGACAAACCUGUUCCGCAAGAUGGUUCAAUCAGCUGUACUCGGCUUCCCCCGCAUUGGCCCCAAGCGAGAGAUCAAGAAGGCUGUCGAGGCCUACUGGUCAGACAAGAUCGAUGCUGCAGAGCUCGAAAAGACUGCCAAGGAGAUCCGUCUGCUCAACUACAAGACCAUCUCUGAUGCAGGCGUCAACGUCAUCCCCUCCGGUGACUUCUCGCUCUAUGACCAUGUCCUCGACACCACCGUCAUGGUUGGCGCUGUUCCGAAGCGAUACAGCUCAGCAGGUCUGUCCCAGCUUGACAUGAUGUUCGCCAUGGCCCGUGGCCGUCAACGCGAUGGAGUCGAUCUCGAAGCUCAAGAGAUGACAAAGUGGUUCGACAGCAACUUGCACUACAUCCGUCCCGAGCUCUCCAACGACACCCAGUUCUCGCUCACCAAGGACUCUAAGCCCAUCGCAUUCUACAAAGAGGCAAAGGCUGCUGGCUACGAGACCCGGCCCGUCCUCCUCGGACCGGUCUCAUACCUCUUGCUCGGCAAGGCCGCAAGAGACUCAAAGUCGUACGAGCCCAUCAGCGCGCUCGAUCAGCUCGUGCCUGUCUACGAGCAGCUCGUCAAGGAGCUCGUCCAGGAAGGCGCAAAGGAGAUCCAGAUCGAUGAGCCCACCCUCGUUCUCGACUCGACCUCCAAGCUCGGCGAGAAGUUUGCUUCGACGUACGAAAAGCUCGUCAAGGCUGCCGGUGACGCCAAGAUCACCGUGGCGACCUACUUUGAGCGUCUCGAUUCCAACGUCGACUUUGCAAAGGACCUGCCCGUUCAUGCGCUCCAUAUCGAUCUCGACAGAGGCGCGAGCCAGUUCGAUGCCGUCCUCAAGGCUGUCAAGUCGUCCAAGAACAGCAAGCUUGCUCUCUCGCUCGGUCUCGUCUCGGGCCGUAACAUCUGGAAGAAUGACUUUGCUGCUUCCAUCAAGACAGCAAAGACCGCCAUCGAUGCGCUCGGCCAGGACCGUGUCAUCAUCGCCACUUCUGCCUCGCUCGUCCACUGCCCCGUCACCCUCAAGAACGAAUCUAAGCUGACUGACGAACAACGCGACUGGUUCUCCUUUGCCACUGAAAAGUGCUCAGAAGUCGCUGUUAUCGCAAAGGCGCUCUCUGACGAGUCGUCCGUCAAAUCGGAGCUCGAGACCAACGCAAAGUCAAUCAAGGCCCGUCGUGACUUCGAGCAGAACUCUGACUCGGCAGUCCGUGACCGUCUUGCUGCCGUUACCGAGAAAGACUACGAGCGUCAGAGCCCGUUCCCUAAGCGUUUGGCUGCACAGAAUGAAGUCCACAAGCUGCCUCUGUUCCCCACCACGACCAUUGGAUCGUUCCCUCAAACGAAGGAGAUCCGCACUGCUCGUUCCAAGUUCACAAAGAAGGAGAUCAGCUCGGAGGAGUACGACAAGUUCAUCGCGAAGGAGAUCGAGCACGUCGUUCGCUUCCAGGAGAAGGUCGGCCUCGACAUCCUCGUCCACGGCGAGCCAGAACGCAACGACAUGGUUCAGUACUUUGGCGAACGUCUCAAGGGCUUCGUCUUCACCGAAAACGCCUGGGUUCAGUCAUUCGGAUCGCGCUACGUUCGCCCUCCGAUUGUCGUCUCUGAUAUCUCUCGACCAGCACCCAUGACUGUUCAAUGGUCAUCAUACGCCCAGUCGCUCACAAAGGCACCCGUCAAGGGAAUGUUGACUGGUCCCGUUACUUGCUUGGCCUGGUCUUACCCUCGUGCCGAUGUCUCGAAAGAAGUCCAGUGCAAGCAGCUCGGUCUUGCACUUCGCGACGAAGUCGUCGAUCUCGAAAAGGCUGGCAUCUUUGCCAUCCAAGUCGACGAGCCUGCCAUCAGAGAGCUCAUGCCUCUCCGUCGUUCUGACUGGGAUGCCUACCUCACCUGGGCUGUCGACUCUUUCCGUCUCGCAACUGCAGGCGUCAAGGACUCGACUCAGACCCAUUCGCAUUUCUGCUACUCUGACUUCAACGAUAUCUUCCAGCACAUCCAAAAGCUCGAUGCCGAUGUCAUCUCCAUCGAAGCCAGCAAGUCUGACCUCAAGCUGCUCAACAUCUUUGAGACAUUCCAGUACCAGCAAGAGAUCGGGCCUGGUGUCUUUGACAUCCACUCGCCUCGUGUUCCUUCUCAGAAGGAGAUCCAGGAACGCAUUGCUGCUAUGCUCAAGACAAUCGAGGUCAAGAAGCUCUUCAUCAACCCCGACUGUGGCCUGAAGACCCGUCAAUGGCAAGAAGUCGAGCAGCAGCUCGCCAAUCUCGUCGGAGCUGCCAAGUGGGCUCGCGAGGAAUACGGCAACAAGGCCUAGACGACUAGCAACCUCUACGAGCGGCAGCUCAACUUUCUGCCGGAUGAUGUGUUGAUCUUUCUCGUCCUGCCUUACACAAGAAGGAUUCCUCUCCUUCUGUUUUCAGUACCAACGCAAUCUAUCUUCUCAUCACAUGUUCGACAUGCUGACGAGCUGUACGAAUAAUCACACGACUUUUGCAAGCAAAACGAAGGCGACUGCCUGUAUGACCUGUAAAAGCCGCCAGAACCCGAAGACUUCAACCUCUUCAAUCGAAAGAGCCUCAACGCUCCCAAAAGAUGGUCAUGCUUGCUUGAACAAUGCAUCGAGAUCCAUGCACAACGACUGAAUUGCGAGACUUGAGGC